CCAGAUCUGGGCCGACACGCGGAGUUUGGAUUGGGUGACGAUGCUAUUUUAAAACAGAAAUACGUGAGAAAAUAACAAGUUUAACCUGCUAGUUAGAAAGAUUAGAUGGCGAAACCUACGGGAUAUUGAAUGUGUCGAUUGUAGUUGUUGAUUAAAUCAGUGAGCCCAUACUCCUCCCAACUGUUGACUAUCGGCGCUCUGUCUAAAACAAAACGAGUGUACACACGUCACAUGCCUCAUUGCUUGUUCAGCAGGUAUCGGACUGCGCGUGCGGGUGCAGCCAAAACAGAAACAGGCUGAAUGGGAGUAACAGAAAGGCUAACAUUAGCGCGCUCGUGAGCCAUCCACAGCGGUGAUUUAAUCAGCUGUCCGUGUUGCCAGGAAUAUUCCAGCGGUGCGACCUCAAUUUUUAAUUCUACCAUUCAGGGUCCUAGGAAGGCUUCCUCUCCUUCCUUGAAGACGAUACAUACCAAGACUCAGAGCACCUCACCUCCCGUGUCCUUGGAAGUUUACAACCUGAGUUCCUCAGAUCUUAAGCUGCAACUGCACCCCUUGUAUAUGGACCUGAUCUCUCCCAUCCACCUACCCUUGGCUCUUUGAUAGUGGAUAGCAAGCCCUACGAAGGACAAUAGUCAGUGGGGUUUGGGUGUAACUCCCAGCUGGGUGGUAUCCUAUGGCAAUUAACAGUGACGUGGCAGACUGGAGUGCCACAGGGAGCGAGGACUCGGGUGAAAGAGCAUGGCUACUGCAGAGUCCAAGCGUGGAGUCCAUACGGCAAAUGGAAGCAACCCGGGACAGGAGUGGAGGGGUGUCUGCCUUUGGGGCGGUCUUCAUUGUGGUCAACGCGGCACUCGGGGCGGGGCUUCUAAACUUCCCCGCUGCCUUCUACAUGGCGGGAGGAGUGACAGCGGGUGUGGUUCUUCAGAUGUUUAUGCUAACCUUCAUCAUCAGUGGACUGGUAAUCCUGGCGUACUGCUCUCAGGUCAGUAACGAGAGCACUUAUCAGGAGGUUGUGAGAGCCUCGUGUGGGAAGGUCAUGGGGGUCAUCUGUGAGGUCGCUAUCGCUGUUUACACCUUUGGCACCUGCAUUGCUUUCUUCAUCGUCAUCGGAGACCAGCUGGACAGAUUGAUAGCGGCCAUGUCCCAUGAUCCUGAGAGUGUGGUCAGUAAGACUUGGUACACCGACCGCAAGUUCACCAUCGUGGUCACUGGCGUUCUAGUGAUCCUUCCUCUCUCCAUCCCCAAAGAGAUAGGCUUCCAGAAAUACGCUAGUGCUUUGAGUGUUGUGGGAACUUGGUAUGUCACCAUUGUUGUCAUCGUUAAGUACAUCUGGCCAGAUAAGGAAAUGACCCCAGGAUACAUCCCAACCAGCCCAUCCUCCUGGACUGCAGUGCUCAACGCCAUCCCCACCAUAUGCUUUGGCUUCCAGUGUCAUGUCAGCAGUGUGCCUGUGUUUAACAGCAUGAGCAGGAGUGAGAUCAAGCCUUGGGGAGGUGUAGUGACUUUUGGCAUGAUCAUCUGCCUCUUUGUCUACACUGGCACAGGCGUGUGUGGCUUCCUGUCCUUUGGCUCGAAUGUCAGCCAAGAUGUUCUGAUGUCAUAUCCUCCGAAUGACAUUGCGGUGGCCAUCGCACGAGCCUUCAUCGUGGUCUGUGUCGUCACCUCCUAUCCCAUCCUGCACUUCUGUGGCAGGGCUGUGCUGGAGGGGCUCUGGCUGCGUUUCCAUGGCGAGCAGGUGGAGCUGUGCGUGCGUCGUGAGCAGAGGCGCAGGGUCCUGCAGACGCUGCUGUGGUUCACAGUCACCCUCAUCCUCGCCCUCUUCAUCCCCGACAUCGGCCGCGUCAUCGCCCUCAUUGGAGGGCUCGCUGCCUGCUUCAUCUUUGUCUUUCCAGGGCUCUGUCUGAUCCAGGCUAAACUGUCAGAGACGGAGAACAGAUCAGCGAGUUGGCAUGGGAUGGUGGUUUAUGGUGUUGUCAUGGUUACCAUCGGAGCGUUCAUCUUUGGCCAGACCACUGCCAAUGCAAUCUACCAAGACAUCAGCAACCACAGCUAAUAAGGAGCCAGAGGAGUCUUGUCAAGAGGAGGAGGGGGAGGAGGAGGGGAAGGAGGAGGAGGGGGGAGGAACAGGUCUUCACUGUCUUUUUGAACUUAGCAGGAUGUUGGGGAUCCAAUGCACACAUGAGCUCUGACCCUUCCUGAGGCUCCUUAUAAAGGCCUCUUCUGCAUGCAGCAUGGCCUUUCCUGUUCCUCAGCCAUGGAGCCCUCUGACUCGACAGGGCGCAAAGAGUGACUAAUGACAAGGGACCUAUCCAAUGGAAACACAUUGUGUCUUUUUUAGAACCCAAUGCCAAUUUUAAAAUUAUGGUUUAGAUUAGUUUUUUAGCCUCGGUUUUGCAGUCUAGAUUUGACCACUAUCUGACUGAAUCAAGCCCAGCAUGCUCUACGUGGCGUCACACCCACUUCCUGUUUACCUGAGCUCAGGUGCGGAGGACCUCCCUGACACUAGUUCAGCUGGCCAGCAGUAGGUGACCUGGAGGCUUCUCUCACUGACACUAAUGAUUUUAAGGGGUCCUGUUUUAAGUUUACUGCCAAACAUAUUUUGUUUAUAGUACUUUAGUAAUUCCAGUGAUUUAGCAGAGGCAGCCUGAUAUCGCAGCCAACAAUCAUGUGUAAUAAUGUGGCAAGAUAAUCAGGACUGUAUCAUUUAAUACUUUUCUUAAACUCUUGGACUGACUCAUUUGCUUUGGACUGGGUUUCAAAAUAAAACAAAAUAUUUUUCAAAGAUGUACAGAGUGGUAAGGGAUACAAAUAAAUCAAGUUGAAAGGAGUUGUUCCUAGUACAGCAGUUAUGGUUUUAUCUUGACUUGAAUGAGACUGGAAACGCUUGAAAUGCAAUGAAUUGUUUAGAUGAAUGCUUUUAUUCUCACUUGUAACCAUAAUAAGAAGUAACUGUUUGGAUCAAUAAGCCAUCUAGUAAGCAAGUCCUCUGCAGUGGAUCAUUGUUGUGAUGAAAGUUCAAGCUCCUAUGUAAAUCUUUCACUGGUUUUAUUGCACGUCAUUACACCAUUUCUGUCUCCCACAGAGAUAAUCGUAGCAAUACCUCAGCUUUUGCCAUACUUUUGUACAGAAACACGUUUAGCCGUCUGACAGAGCUUGUGAUCAAACUGUACUUGUCAUUGUUGUUAUGGUGCUUUGGUCUUUCCCAACCUCAUUAAAACAUGUCAGCCUUUGUGGAUAUGUAUAAACAUAUUUGUACUGUGGUUCAAAUUUGUACUGUGGUUCUCAACAGGAUCCUGGCCUGGAUAGCCAGCUCAUGGUGGCUGAGUAAUGGAAUUAGUUUUCAAUCUUUAGAUUCUUUUAUA